AUGCUUGAAAAUGAUGAUGAUGGAGUUCAGUGUGACUUGUGUGAUAAAUGGUUUUGUAUUGAUGAAAGGUGUUCUGGAAUGACCGAAUCAUUUCAUGACCAAAUGCAUGAUUUAGGACUUGUUGCAAAUUUCCUUUGGUAUUGUACAGGCUGUAGAGAAGCUAUUCCAAGCGUGAAGAAAGUACUCAGUGCUAUCACAAAGUUAACCGUCAAAAAUGAAAAAUUGGAGUCGCGAGUAAACGCAUUAGAGGAGAAAAUGGAAACUGUAAGUAACUUACAUUUAGAUUACCGCAUGGAUGAAGCAGUGAGAGAUUACCAUGAACGUGAUAAAAGGAAAGGUAAUUUGAUUGUAUAUAAUCUAUCUGAACCAGCUGGUGAAAAUACUCAGGAGAAACGUGAUGAUGAUAAAAUGAAAGUCCAAGAAAUGUGUGUUACAUUAAAUAUUGAAAAUGCUAAUGUUGAAAAUGUUGAGCGUUUAGGCCGGGAGCGUGAGAACCUAGAGGAAAAUCCUCGGCCAUUGAAGGUAUCAUUUACAAAUGAUAGGGCUAAGUUAAAUAUUUUAAAAAACAGUGCAAAACUCAAGGAAAAAAAUAACUUUGCAAAGGUGACUGUAACACCAGAUUAUACUUUCAGGCAAAGACAGAUGAAUAAAGAACUGAAACAAGAAGUAGCAAGAAGAAGAGUUAUGGACAGGUCGUUCACAUACAAGAAAAUGAAAGCUGAAUUAGCAAGUAAAGUAGCUUAUAAUUCUGGUCCUAGAUUUCAGGAACCUGAUGAUGUUGAAAUUUUGUCACCGUCUCAGCGGGAAAGUAGAAUUCCAAGAUUUAGCCAAAGAUUUGCAAACAGUAGAAUAGUAACGGCAAGUCCUAAGAAAAAUGAACAGCUAGGUAGCUCGCAGAUUCAAACAAGGGUGAUAGUGACACUGAAGAAUCUAGUUCUAGUCAAUCUGCUAAUACUAGUAGUACUGAUAUUUUAUAGUGAAAGUGACAGAGACUAUGUUGGUAGUGAUGUAAAUUCCGUAUCUAGUCAAUCAAGUGCAAGUAGUGAUCAGUCUAGUCAAAACACAAGUAUAAACUCUGUUGAAAGUUCAAUUUUAAUUGAAAAUCAGAAUGGCUUGAAAUGUCUUUACACAAAUGCAGACUCUAUAUCAAAUAAAUGGUCAGAACUUGAAGCAUUAGUAUACUUACAUCAACCGGAUAUUGUAGGAUUGACAGAAGCUUUUAAAAAGAAUCUAGAAAAUCCGAACCUUUCAAGUUAUGUUUUACAAGGAUAUCAUGUAUUCUGUAAUCCAAAAUUUCAAAAUGCUGCAAGUAGAGGAACUUUGUUGUUUGUGAGAGACUAUUUAGACGUAACUGAAUAUAAAAAACUGAAUGAAAAUUCUGCUAAAGAGGCUAUUUGGUGUGAAAUUAAAAUUAACAACUUAGAGAAGCUUCUCGUAGGAUUAGUGUAUAGAUCUCCUAACUCGAGUGCGGAAAAUAAUGUAGCUAUAAAUGAAAUGAUUAGUGCAUUGAAUAAUGAAACACAGUCGAGAGUAGUUGUUAUGGGUGACUUCAACUAUCGUGAUAUAGACUGGAAGCAUUGGAUUUCAAGUGCGCCAGAAAAUCAUGUAAGUCAUGAAUUUAUAGAAGCUGUACGUGGUAGUUACCUUCAUCAAAACAUAGAAUUUUAUACAAGAUACAGAAACGGUCAAAGACCAAGUACUUUAGAUCUUGUUUUCUCAUCAGAAGAACUUUUAGUGAACAAUAUUGAACACUUCAGUCCCCUGGGUAAAAGUGACCAUAUAGUGAUUACCUUUGGUAUUGACUGUAAUUCCAACAAUGAGGCAUACAUGAAAGAGUUUGACUUGUGUCUCCUGUAA